AAUUUUCUGCUUAUUUCUUCUUUUGAUUUCGCGUUUAUAUUCCAGUAGGUAUUAACGAGUAUACACCAGUAGUAAAAGUGCCAAAGUUUCGGCUUGUAUUAAUGCGUUUGUAGACAUAAACAUAUGCAUUGUCUUGUUGAAACACAAUUAAUUAUAAGCAACAAAAUAUCCACUGGAGAUCAGUGGAUGUUCCAAUUCAGAGUUAAAUAUCACCACAAAAUGGACAUGUUACAUUCUGUGAAGUUAAUUUUCAUCGUUACUGUUGUGUGAGCUAAAUUGGUUUUCAGAUUCAAGACCACCUGCAACACAUUCGUAAAAGAACCCGAUUUAGGUUCAUAUCUAAUGCCGCUUUAAAUUAUUUUUCCAUAAUUUGGAAGGGAGUGAAAUAUUCAACUCAUCUGAUUCCUGUAUAAAUAGAAUAUGAAAAAUAAAAGCAUGACUUUCUUUAAAUAAUCUGCUGAUAAGAUGUAGUAUUUAUUGUUAUUACAAGUAUCAUUUCAGGUCUAUACGGUUGUGGGUGUCAAAGCCAAAUUAUGUAGUUCCUACAGUGGAUUAUUAUUACACAAUUUUAUGUCCCUGAAGACUGUACUCUCCAUAACCACUGCUGUGACAACCUCAAAUCCAACAUAGUGAAUUAUUUAGCCUGCAGGAUAACUGCAGUAUAGGUUGUGACAGUUGCCAGAAAAGCUGUAGAGUUUACAGGUCUGCAUUAGAGAACCCAAAGGCUCUGAACUCAGUUUUAUUAGCCAUUAGCUGUGAUGAGAACUGCUUCAAGUGGUUCAUACUUGUAUAUCUGAGUCUGAAAUAAUCAUACAAGCUUGACAUUAUCUAUUAUAUGCUUGGCUUCCAGCGCUGCCAUGUUUGCUGAGUACAUUAACAGUUACAGUGGCAAAGACAGCUCAGGAUAUAUGUAGUAUCACUCCCCACUGUUCUCGAGUUAGUGGACUGUUUGUGGAGCCUACCAAAACACAAGAUUACAGGUCAUAUGUUUGAAACUAUUACUGUAUAGAUAUCAUGUGUUUGUACUUGACUUGUUCCAUAUCCUAUGGUGACACUCUGUACUUGGAUUUAUGAAACAUAAAUAAAUUCAAAGUCAAAUAGUUGGCACAGUUCUGUGUUUUAGUUCGGUAGCAUUGCCAUGCCAUAUGAAAAAUGUACUUUUUCUGUAGUAUCAGAAAAGCUUCUCUGGACUCAUCUUUAAGAAGUUCUUGGUUUGAAUCUCAGCCGGAACACUAGUUACCGUGACUGAAGCUUUUAUUGUUUCUUCAGUCUCUCCAGGUAAAUGCCAUAACAGUACCGCAGUCUAUGACUGCUUCCUUUCAUAUCCAUUCCUGUUCAUUUAAGACUUUUCGAGUUGAAAAUAUCCUUACACAUGAAAGGCCAACACAUGCUGUUAUGUCAUUUUGUAUAUUAACAGCUCGUUACGGGCAGGAGUAGAAGACAUAGUGCUCCGCCUUCUGAUCAAUACGUGUAACUGUCUAUUCAGAACUUUUAAAACUAUUAGGAUUAGGAGAUUCUGACAAAGUUUGUUUACAACAAUUUUCUAUUGAAAUUUCAAGCAGGCAGCUUUAUGCAAGUUUUAUAUAAUAGCACUUUACAUGAAUUACAACAGCCAACAUUGUGUUUUUCAUAUUAACAGAAUUUUACUUAAAUAUAUUAAGCAUAUUUUACAAUAAUACUAAACAUACCAUCUUGCCUUGGAAUACCUUCAGAUCCCAAAACACAUUAGUCACCAUUUGUUGCUUGUUGAACUUAUUACUAUGAGUACCUUAGUAUUUGGCAAACAGACUGGGUAAACAAACUGAAACAUAUUGGACUUCGGUAAUGGCUGGACAUUAUAGUUUUAAUCAUUAUAAUGCAUAAAUGUUGUAUCUUUUGGGGGAUCUCCAGAAGGAAAAAGUGAGGAGUAAUGAAAAUUGAAUUGAACAUCAGAGCAAAACACAUAUCUUUUCUCAUUAAGUUAGAAGGCAUAAAGUUCGUCGUUUUUACUAUACCAAAAAGCCCUCCAUAAUAGCAUUAUUAAUCAUAUGUUCUAUAUGCUUCAUAUGUCUUACAGAUGUAUCGGACAUCUUACAGAUCAUUUGUGUUCCAGUUUUGCCAGAUUAUAAUGUCAGGAACACAUUACAAUUUUGGAAUACAGUGCGUGCUCUCAGACUGUUUGGCCAAAUUGUAAGCAUUGGAGUUUAAUCAAUGUCUGUGAAAGAAGUGCACAAUGUAAUAGCAUUUCUGGUAUAAUGUCAGCGCCCCAAACUUCAUUAAUUUCAGAAUGCAUACUGAAACAUUUUAAUAUAGGAUCAUAGAUUGAAAGUAAUGGAAAACACUCCCAGCAUCCAACGUGAACUGAAGCACAUAUAUUACAUGUCGAAGGUUGUGUGCUUGGCACCAUAUUCAUUCUCCAGGAACUGUGUUGUGUGUAAAACAGUCAUCAAUACUAGGCUGCGCUCUAAUGUCACAGGAUUUGUAUGGACACUGUUUAUGAGUAAUGUAAUGGUAUUUGGCUUAAUUAGUGGAAUCUACAGGUACAAAAAUGUUGGACAAUCUAAUCCUGGUAUAGCACUGAAUAAUUCAUUUUGUUUUCCAAUGAAUUUUGUUAAUGCAGUGUUUUCAUUUACAGUCUUGUUCAUGAAAAGAUUCAAAUUUGCAGAACUUAUAGAGAAACUAAGUCAGAUUGACAAUACAUUAUGCCAGAUGAAACUUUGUAACUAUACUAAAUGUAAGAAUUAUUUUGUAUAUUUUAUGUAUGCUGUAUGUAUCUUGCUUGCUAUGUUCAUGUGUUAUGACAUUCUGCAAGUGGAGGAACGAAGGUAUUUUGUUUAUACUUCACUUUAUCGCCUUGCUUAUUUAAUAUCGGUGGUUUUGAUUAUGCAGUUUUGUCAUGUUACAAGAUGCAUACAACAGCGAUUAAUCCUUUUGAGAAAAGAGAUGUCUUCAGUUUUAGACAACACACCAUCAAUGAUAUUAACUUCCACAGUUAAACCUACUUCUUUUGAAAGAGUUGAUAAAUUUGAGUUGUCAUGUGUAACAAGCUUGAUCUCUGAGAAUCCCGUGGAUGACAGCGGAAACAAGUACCAAUCAAGUCCAAGAAAUUUGCUUUUACAUGGCAAACUAUAUCAGGUAGACAAAAUUAUCACCUUCAGGCAAAUAUACAAUAAUAUUUAUGAUGCUACACAACUCAUAAACUCAGUUUAUGGAUUUCUGAUUUUGCUUCUCUUUGUUCGGGCAGCUGGAGGAUUGAUUACCAAUAUAUAUCAUCUUGUUUCCAUCACAUUGAGUGGUGUAGUUGUUCUUGGAAUAGAAAACUGGGACUCACCCUUGCACGUCGGAUCACUUGUGGCUUGGAUCCUGAUAUUCCUGAGUACAAUAAUAGUGAUGACAGUUAUGUGCCAGAGGGUAAUGUCAGAAUGUAAGAAAAUUGAUGAUAUCAUACAGAAACUUCUUUUGCAACAGUCUUUAAGAUAUGAUAUGUUGCAACAGUUGAAACUGUUUUCUGUUCAAAUAACAAAGAAUCAGAUUGAAUUUUCUGCUUUCUGUUUCUUUAAAGUGGACAUGUCUCUGCUCUUUACGAUUUUAACAUCAGUCACAAGUUACAUAAUUGUUCUCGUGCAGUUUAAAUGAAAUGGAUGUCACUGAUUUUCAAAUUACUCUUUAUUUCCACAUUAAUACAAGAGGGACUUUUUUUUUUCUUUAAUGUAGCUUUGCUAUGAAGUUAACAAAAUAAACUCAAAAGCAGGUGUUUGUGUCAAUCUGUGUUUUUCAUCUCUGAAACUACUAAAUAAAUUUCAGUUAAAUUUUGUGCAAGAGUUUUACAACAGAGGAAUCUUGGUUCAAUUCCCAGUAGGGGCAAGAGAUUUCUGUUUUCUCCACAGUGACCAGACCAGCUUUAGGGCCCACCCAGUCUCUCCUGUCCAGUGAAUACGAAAGAUGAAAUGACUUAUGCAUGCAGCUGACUGCUCAUCUCCAUCUAGUGCCAAGGUUGAAUGCGUACAUCAGUGUCUCCAAACUUUCAUGCCGCUUAAUGGCUUGGCACUUAAUUACACCCACUAACAAAUUUACCCUUAACCCUAAUUAAAAAAAAGUAAAGCUACUAUCCCUGUAACAGGCUGUGGA